AUGUCAACGAAUAUAAGUUUCAAAGGUGGUCUUCCAGCUGAUUGUACUUGUCCGAUUUGUGAUCAGGUAUCUAAUGCUGGGCUUUUAGGCUUAGGCUUAGGCCCCUAAACAAAUCAAUUUCAGGCUUUACGAGAACCAAUAAAAUUGAAUUGCGAUCAUUUUUAUUGCAAAUCUUGUUUGACUGAAGAUGCUCAAAAUUGUGCAAUUUGUCAAACUUUGAUCCAACACGAAUUGUGUGUUUAUGAUAAAGAAAAACAUAAACAGGUGAGAGGAGUACGGUAGGGGUUUUGGCGGGAAAAAUUACUGUAGAUUCAAUAUGUGGUUACUGUCAUUGAAAACUGAAAGAUUACUGUAAUUGUUAUCCCCAAUUUCCUUCUCAUUUUUUUUGCAGAUUCAAAAUCUUCCAGUGGUUUGUUCUUUCGAAGAAAUUGGUUGUGAUUGGUCAGGAACUCUUUCUGAACUUUCAUCUCAUCUCGAAAAUUGCCCGAAAAAAUCAGAAAAAUGCUCAAAAUGUGGCAGAGAAUUCGAAAAAUCCGACUUCGCACGACAUUUUGAAAAAUGCGGAAAAAAAGACGAUGAAAAUGGAACAACAUCAGUUUGUUCGUUUUGUUUGAAGAGAAUUCGAUUGUCGGAUUUUGAAAAACAUUUGAAAACAUGUCAAAGUGUUAUUAUAAGUUGUCCAUUUCAAUGCGGAUUGGUUGAUAAAACAAGAAAAGAGGUUGGUGAAAUGAAAUUGUGAAAAAAGACAUUUCAGAAAACGUUUGGAAUAGUUAUAGUAUUUAGAGCCAAAUCCAAAAAAAAUAUUUUUCAGAAAAAUAUACUGUUUCAAAUUUGUUUGAAAGUGUUAGAUUUUUGAGGAAUUCUGUUGGUAGUUGUAUGUAUGUUGACAUAAAAAAUUAGAAAAAUUUCACUGUUUCAAUGUUUUUUGAAAUUUAAAAAUUUUUUAAAUUUGAUAAUGAAUUGUGUUAUCCGAUACCGUUCAAAAAAAUCACAUACAAACUUUGGAAACAAUUUUUCCGAAUUAUUUUCUAGAAAAAAAUUUCACUGUUUCAACAUUUUUUGAAAAAUAUCUCAAUUUUUCGAAAUUUUGAUUUUGUAGUUGUAUGUCUACAAAAAUUUUUGCGAAAAAAAAGAUUUUCUAACAGGGCCGAUUUUAAAAAAAAAAAACUCGGGCCGAUUUUUUUUGAAAAAACUCGGGCCGAUUUUUUUUUUGAAAAACUCGGGCCGAUUUUUUUGAAAAAACUCGGGCCGAUUUUUUUUUUGAAAAACUCGGGCCGAUUUUUUUUGAAAAAACUCGGGCCGAUUUUUUUUUUGAAAAACUCGGGCCGAUUUUUUUUUGAAAAACUCGGGCCGAUUUUUUUUUUUGAAAAACUCGGGCCGAUUUUUUUGAAAAAACUCGGGCCGAUUUUUUUUUUGAAAAACUCGGGCCGAUUUUUUUUUGAAAAAACUCGGGCCGAUUUUUUUUUUUGAAAAACUCGGGCCGAUUUUUUUGAAAAAACUCGGGCCGAUUUUUUGAAAAACUCGGGCCGAUUUUUUAAAAAAAAAACUCGGGCCGAUUUUUUUUUUGAAAAACUCGGGCCGAUUUUUUUGAAAAACUCGGGCCGAUUUUUUUGAAAAACUCGGGCCGAUUUUUUUUUGAAAAACUCGGGCCGAUUUUUUUUUGAAAAACUCGGGCCGAUUUUUUUUUGAAAAACUCGGGCCGAUUUUUUUUUUUGAAAAACUCGGGCCGAUUUUUUUUGAAAAACUCGGGCCGAUUUUUUUUGAAAAACUCGGGCCGAUUUUUUUUUUGAAAAACUCGGGCCGAUUUUUUUUUGAAAAACUCGGGCCGAUUUUUUUUCAUCCAACGAAAAAACUCGGGCCGAUUUUUUUUUUUGAAAAACUCGGGCCGAUUUUUUUUGAAAAACUCGGGCCGAUUUUUUUUUGAAAAACUCGGGCCGAUUUUUUUUUGAAAAACUCGGGCCGAUUUUUUUUUGAAAAACUCGGGCCGAUUUUUUUUUGAAAAACUCGGGCCGAUUUUUUUUUGAAAAACUCGGGCCGAUUUUUUUUUUUUGAAAAACUCGGGCCGAUUUUUUUUUGAAAAACUCGGGCCGAUUUUUUGAAAAACUCGGGCCGAUUUUUUUUUGAAAAACUCGGGCCGAUUUUUUUUUUUGAAAAACUCGGGCCGAUUUUUUUUCAUCCAACGAAAAAACUCGGGCCGAUUUUUUUUAGAAAAACUUUUUUUAUAAAAAAAAUAUCAAAAAGUCACAUACCUAAGCCCAUACCUAACUUAUCCUAUUUUAUUUUCAGAUCGAAGAUCAUCGUCCUUUGUGUCCAAAUGUUGACAAUGUCUGCCCAUUUAUUCCAUUUGGUUGUAAUUUCGCAGGAGGUCGUGAAAACAUCCAAAAACAUUUGAGCGACGAACCAAUUCGUCAUUUAAUGCUUCUUUGUGACGAAAUUACUGAUCUCAAAUUAACCUACGAAAUGAUGGAAAAAGAUUUGGACACAUUUAAUAUCCGUCAAACUGGAAUAAUUGAAAAUGCAGAAACUUGUCAUCAAAUGUUUGGACCACAAAUAAUUUGGAGAAUUGAUAAUAUAAUGCAAAGAACAAAUGAGGCAAAAUCCGGUGCAAAUUCCACAAUAUUUUCAGCUCCUUUUAUGUCACAUCGUUUUGGUUAUAAAAUGAUGGCUUGUGUUUGUCUUUUUGGAGAUGGAAUUGCUGCUGGAAAAAGUUUGAGUUUAUAUGUUCUAAUUCUUCGCGGCGAAUUUGAUGCAACAUUGCAAUGGCCAUUUAAUCGAUCAAUCAAAUUCACACUUCUCGAUCAAAAUCCGAAUAUCGAAAAUCGAUUGAAUAUCACAUAUCAUGUUGAUCCAAGAAAACUUCGAGCAAAUGAAACAUUUUUGGCGCGGCCAAGAGGAGAAAGAAAUGCUGCUUUUGGAUCACAAUCAUUUUGUUCAUUGAGUAUUUUGAAUAAUUAUAUUAAAGAUGAUCAAAUAUUUGUGAAAGUUGAAAUUGAAAGAUGUGAAACAAUUUUGAAGCAAAGAGAUGUUGAUCAGGUGAGAUAUUAUGAAAAAUGGAAGGUGUAGUGUACGUUUGAAGGAACACAUGAAUUUUGUGACUAAAAAGUUAUGCCUUAUACAGUAUUUUCAGAAGAGGUACUGUAGUUUUUUUUCAAAUUCAUUUAUUGCAGCAAAAAACAUUGGAACAAAUUCGCGCCAGCGAGAAUCAAGAAUUGCCGCCAAAUGUUCGUGUAGUUCCAGUGGUUCAACAACAAUCGGCGGAAGUUUGA